CACGGUCUCUGUGGUGACACGUUUCUUGGCCUGGAGUCAAUAUCGGCGAACUUACCUAUAAAACUCACCUGCGGAUUUGUCUGCUAGUAUUUGUGAAGCAGUUGGACCGAGCAGGAACACUGGUUGCCGGCGCCAUAUCGGGACUAAAGACUGAGCCAUGGGUCCAGUGACGUGCUUGUGGCUGGUGGCGCUGGUGGCGUUCUCUGGCGGCCGGUGUGACGAGGCCGACGUCCACUCCUGGCGCUACAUCUUCCCUUUCUUCCCCGCGGACCUCGACAUCCUGCUGGCUCACCUGCGUACGACUAUCCUGAGGCUGGAGGAAACUCUUGAGAAAUGCGAGGACAUGGUCAAGGGAGAGUACGAGGGCGAGGACAGCGUCAUAGGCGCGCUGCGGUUGUCUGCCCCUGCUCACAACGACACCAACAAACCCAUGGCCGAGAAGGUCGAGCGGAUUCACGAGCUUCGCGAAAAGAUCCGGGGACUGGAGGACAAAAUUGAGGAGUGUCGAUUCGAAUUCUGGGCUGAAGAGGCCAGUGAGGGAGUUGCCUGCCCCGAACUAUUUUUGUCCAAGCUAUUUCGCCGACUUUUGCUUGAGGGAGGGACACGUGAGCAUUCAGACAUACUCCGCCACUGUUUCUCUCACUCCGACUGAUAAGGUCGAUUUCUAAAAUAGUUUGUUUGCUAGGUGUACACAAUCAGUGAGAGGCGAAAGACUAGAAGCAAUUUAUAAGAUGUCAUUAUUUUAUUCCUUUUUUUUUUCUUUUUUUUUGCUCACGUGUAUUCAUUAACGCUAAUCACCUUCCACGGCAAAGUGUGAUUAGUAUUGAGAAUGCCAAUGGCAUGCUUAUGGCAUGUUUAAGACUACCACGUGGUACAGAUGCUCACUGAGAUCGCAGGCAAUAAAUAUAAAAUAAAAUAUAAAACAAAACAAUUCAGUAACACGGACUGGAAGAGUAACAUCGUGGAUUAUCGUUCUUGCGCUGAUGGCAAGAGUUAGCGGACUUUGCUGUCGACAGUCUGUUGUUGUUCUGUGGUCAGAAGAUGGCAAUGGACGCUCUGUACCACCUGAUGUUGGUUUGACUCAAGCAAGAACGAUCUAUAGCUUUCAGAAGGUUGAAAAAAAGUAAUUCUUGCAUGACAUUUUUUUCAGAGGAAGAAUUAUCUGCCUCUGGUGGCGCACAUGUCACGUUUGAUUUAUGAAUAAACAGUGAAUAGUU